AUGGAGAGCCCCGUCGCGACGACCUUUGUUGUGGGCACAGUUGCAAUUUACAUCUCCUAUGUCUACUGGUUGGGCGCUACUGGGCCACUUGCCGCCUUUUUGUCUUUGCAGAGCAAGAAAACAGACGACCCAGACCAAAUAAAGAUCGAACAGGUGCUGCUGCGAAUCCACAACAAACGCUGUUCUGCCUGGGUGGCUGGAACAGCCUUGUCCUCACUUUGCUCUGAGAUGUAUUGCAUUUUCCUCCUCGUGCAAAGUCAAUUUCGUGGUGGGAUCGAGGACAUUGCCUACUCCUUGCAUUUCUGGACGGCCUUCUCUUCUGCUGUUUUAACUCGAUGGGCCUCAAAGCCAGGUGGCAAGACCUCGCGGCAACAGACCAUGAUGCUGAGUAUAUUGAUCAAUCUCCUUGGGCUGCUCAACAGCGUGGACCUGUCAAACCACCUCAUGGCUGCCAAUUAUCUUGGCCGUGCGUUCAUUGGAAGCUUCUCUCCUGACAUCUGGUUCACCGUGCGGGUGAACUUCUACCUGCUCCCCGCCUUUGUCGCCUGCGGCUAUGUGCGCCAAGGCCCUGAGAGGGACUUGUCCAUCUUGCCGAUUCUCUUUGUCAACGAGGUCGUCUCCGUGGUGUUCAUGGCAGUGAUUUUGGGCCAGCUCAACUACUUGACCAUUCGUCAGGAGCAGAGCACCAUGGAGCUGGAAGAGAGUCUCAAAAAGGAGGAGAUCCGGACCAAAGAUACAGAAUCAAUCUUGAAAGCUGCCAAAGGCCUCCUAGCAGUGAUGUGCGACUGCUGCGAGCAGCUGUCACAUAAUUGGGAGGUUCUGCGCAUUAUAGGCCUUGGAUUGCAGCUCUGGCCAUGGAUGUAG